CUGCUAAGGAUUUUAUUCCAAACGGUUACUCCAGGAAAGAGCUUGAAAGUAGCGGCGGUCUCGCUGGUACCUCUGCUAGCGGUACCACUACAGGGGGCAAUAAAUACCUAACAUACGAAGGAGAAAAUAAAUUAUCGAACGUUUUAAUGACAAACGUGUCGAAGAAGCUAAACGAACUUCUCAUAUCCAUGAAGAAUGCUCAAAUCGAUUUGAACAUUCCUAUCAUAAACUUAAGUGUGGACAGACGGAUAAAAGAGUUAGUACGGGAAUAUCCAAGCAUAGACGAAAUAAAACCAGAGAAGUUAAAAGCGCUGUGUGAAUCCCAAGAAUUUCUAAAUCAGUUACAAAAAGAUGUGACAAAAUGGGUUGAAGAAAUACAAAAGCUAACUAGACUGAAUGGAGACUUUAAAAGUGGAAGCGCAUUAGCAGAAAUAAAUUUUUGGAUCGGAUACGAAAAUGCUCUGUCUCAGCUAGAAAAUCAGCUAAGGACUCCUGAGGUGAUCUUAACGUUACAAAUUUUGAAGAGUGCCAAGAGGUACUUUGCAACCAUGUCUUUCGACAGUGACAUCCAACUGAAGCAGUCAAAGGAAUACGUCUUAAAUGUGAACAUUUUGAUGAAGGACUUCCCCAUAGAUGACCUUCUAGGUGCACAGACCAUUCAGCAGAUUAUCCAGGCUGUAAGGAUUAUUUUCACCCAUUUGAAGAAGUUAAAAAAUACAACGAAGUAUCCCUUAUCUAGGUCGUACAAUUUUGUGGAGGCCUUGUCUAGAGAUUUGGGGAACACCCUGAAAAAGGUACUGUCACCACAGGCACUACUAAGCAUGGAUUAUCAAGAAUUCGACGUGCUCAUUUCGGGAUGCAUGGAAGUGUUUCGUCUAUGGAAUGACGAAAUGAGAGUGUUCAAAGAUAUGGUGAGAGAACUUAUAAAAAAGAGGAGUUUCAACGAAAGGGCACCUGCCAAAAUGGUAUUCGAACAUAUAAAUCUGCAAGAAAGGUUAGACGAAAUAAGGAAGUUCAGAAAGCAGCAUCAAAAGUUUAAAGCAGUUAUCACAAAGGUGUUUGGGGAUGACAGAACAGUGGGAGUAAAUCUGCUGAAGGAUAUAAAUUCAGCGUAUGAUAUUUUUUUAUCGUUGGAUGCUCUGGACUUGUCCAAAACGGGGGAAGAGCUGUGGGAAAAAUCGAAACUCUCUUACGAAUCCAGAGUUAACAAAGUGGAGUCCCAAAUUACAUUCAAGUUGAGGGACCAAUUGGGAGGGGCCAAAACAUCCACAGAAAUGUUUAACGCCUUCUCUAAAUUCAACCCGUUGUUUUUUAGACCCAAAAUUAGAGGUGCCAUUCAAGAGUACCAAAACAGCUUAAUACAAAUUGUUGUGGACGAUUUGCGGAAACUUCAAAUGGUGUACAUCAAUGGGUAUGUGAAAAGCCCCUCCGAAAAGGUGUCAACCAUUAGGGACAUUCCGUUGGUGGCUGGGUCCAUCAUCUGGGCUAAACAGAUUGAACGCAAGUUGGAAGACUCCCUCAAAAGGAUAGAAAAUGUGCUGGGAAGAGGAUGGGAACAACACUCUGAAGGGAAGAAUUUGAGGCAAAGUAUUGACAAUUUUAAGACCCUCCUGUCGCAAAAUAAGACGUUUGAAAAAUGGCUCAAGGGGGUGAAGAAUGCAGAUAAAUUCGACAUGUACGAGAAAAUAAUUAAGAUAAAAAAGUUGGGAGUAAAAAAUUUCGAAAUUGUGGCAAACUACGAUUUUGAAUUUUUUAACUUGUUUAAGGAGGUUCGAUACUUACAGUCCAUCAAUUUGAGAGUCCCCUACUCUAUAAAGGUAAAGGCAGAUGAGACAAAAUUGAUAUACCCGUAUGCCCUAACCCUGCAGAAGACGUUUAGGAGUUACAUGAAAAUAUGCCUCUUCAUGGAGAACGAAGCCAAGGCAGUGCCUUUCAAUUCGACCAUAACAAAGUUGGUGGCAUCCAUACAUAAUAAUGUCCAGGCGAAAAUCAAGGAAGGGAUUGGCCUACACUGGGAUUCGGAUGUACUGGAGACGUAUGUAAGGAAGUUGACCGAAGUGGUUAACACAUUCGAGUCUAUGGUGGAUGAAGCCGUGCGAAAAAAUUCCUUCGUUUUGGAUACCUUAGAUAGGAUAAAAGCGUGCGAAAUAACCAUCGAUGGGAACGAAGUUACCAAGUUGGUGAAAUCCAUUCAGGAGAAAGCGGAUGAGUUAUACCUGGAGCAUUACCGAAAUGUACAUAUCUGGAUUGACGAGCUGAAUACACUUUUGAAUAAAAUUUUGACAGCUCGACUUGAGGAGGUCAUAAAAUCCUGGACAAGCGAAUUUGUAAACUGGACCAAUGGAAAUCAGAAGGGAAAAAAAUUCAUAAUGAAGGAAACAACACAUGAAUUUAAGAUAAUCAAUCAAAAGUUUUAUCUGCACCCGUCGAUUGACACGAUGAGGCAGAUGUGGUACUCCAGGCUGGCGCAGGCCAUAAACAUCAUUUGCGGAAUUCCUAGGGUCAAGAAUAUAUAUCAGAAAAAAGACAGGACUAAGGAAACUAUCCAAAUAAGGAAAGAAAAGGAUAGUGACGUUGCAAGUGACGUCAUACUGGAUAACACCUACAGGCACAUCAUCUAUUUUAUAGACAAGAAAGUGUACGACGACGCGAUAGAAUGCAUUAAUGACACAGUGGAAAAGGCGAAGAAAUACGAAUCCAUGUGGCUGCAGUAUAACACCCUGUGGAAAAUCGAAAUAGGAGACAUCAUCACAAGCUUUGGUGAAGACAUACAAACGUGGAAAGGAUUCAUGAAUGAAAUUAGGGAAACUGAAUACACAUUUGAUACACUCGAUACGGAGAAGAACUUCGGACCGAUUGUCAUAGAUUAUAGAAUUCUUCAGUCGAAGGUGAGUUCUAAGUUUGAAAAUUGGCAAAAGGAAAUAGUAUCUGAAUUUUCUAAAAAGCUAUCAGAAAAAAUUGUGGUGUUAAAGGUGGAGAUAGAGAAGGCUUUGAACGACUUAACUCUCCAGGCAGAAGUAACCAACGAGUCGGAAAUUACAGCCAUGCACAUUUUGUCCAUGGCCCCAAAAGAUAUCAUAGCAAUUAUCAAUACACACGAUAUGGAGGUUCUCUCCAGAAUAUGCAACAGUGUGCACAAAUUUAUAGAAAAGAUUAAUGAGAUUAGCACGAAAGGUGCCGAAUGGGACAGUAGGUGUGAUGUGCUGAAGCAGAGCGAAGUGCUUCUGGAGAAGCAACGCUACGUCUUUCCAACCAGUUGGGUCUACAUCGAUAACGUUAUUGGAAAAGUUGAGACGGUAAAUCAAAUAUGCAGUUAUCAAAUCAAGUUAGUAAAGGAUUAUUUCCCAUACAUACAAAGCCUAGUCCUAGAAUUUGAUGCCAACGUACAGAAUAGCAUUAAGGUUCUAUUUGAGGAAUGGAACAAAAAUAAACCAUCCCAUGGGAAUACAAACAGUACGAAGGCUUUACAAAUUAUAAAUGCAUUCGAAAGCAGAAUUGAUGUGAUUAAUGGGCAAUACGAAAUAUCAGAAAGGAUAAAAAAACUGAUGAAGAUUCGCAGCGAAGAAUCGGAAAAUGGAUUCCAUGUAUCCCCCAACAUUUUGAAAGAAGAAAUAGCUUGCGUGAAAGGCAUAUGGGAUGAGUUAAAAUCGAUUUACUCUACCAUUUCUGAGUUGAAAAAAAUGCUGUGGUGUAAUGUAGAACCCAAAAAUGUUAGAAAUACUCUCAAUGAGUUACUAGAGUGUAUAAAGAGAAUACCCGCAAAGUAUAGACAAUAUGAAAUAUUUGACAACGUUCAAGGAGAAAUACAACAGUAUUUAAGGACGUAUGGAUUGUUGUUAGACCUGAAGUCAGAGUCGCUCAAGGACAGGCACUGGAGAUUGAUACUUCACAAGUUGCAAAUUAAGAUAUAUUACAACAAGUUAACCCUAGGAAAUUUAUGGUCCCUCAAUUUGAGCGUACAUGAAAAUGCUCUACGAGAAAUUUUGAAUCAAUCACAAGGAGAAAUGGCAUUGGAAGAAUUCCUCAGAGGGUUGAAAGAUACAUGGAAUGAGUACGAGCUGGAACUUGUUCAAUAUCAAAAUAAAUGCAAACUGAUAAAAGGAUGGAAUGAUAUUUUUUCGACCAUAGAUGAUCACCUCAAUGCGCUGCAAUCCAUGAAGAUAUCUUCGUACGUGAAAAUUUUUGAAGAAGAAACCCUCACGUGGGAUGAAAAGUUAAAUAGGUUACGAAAUUUGUUAGAUGUCUGGAUGAAUGUACAGAGGAAGUGGGUAUACUUAGAAGGCGUGUUGAAAGGGUCCUCAGAUAUCAAGUCGCUACUACCUCAAGAAUAUAACAGGUUUAAGAUUAUCGAUACUGAUUUUAUUAACAUCAUGAGGAAAACAAGUGAGAAGCCAAAGCUAAUGGAACUUUUUCAGAUGGAAGGAUUUCAAAAGCAGCUGGAUCGGUUAUCCGAUUCGUUGUCUAAGAUCCAGAAGGCGUUGGGGGAAUACCUAGAGAAACAAAGAAAUCAAUUCCCAAGAUUUUAUUUUGUAGGGGAUGAAGAUUUACUAGAAAUGAUUGGAAAUUCCAAGGAUGCUAAGGUGAUCCAAAGAAAUGUGAACAAGAUGUUUGCAGGCAUUAGCUCCUUCAUCAUAAGGGAGAACACCAAUGAUGUGAUACUUGGAAUGUCUUCUAGAGAAGGGGAAGAAAUCUUUUUUGAAGAGCCCAUUUGUUUAAGUGCCUAUAAAACGUUAAAAGAGUGGCUCAUAACGUUGGAGACCUACAUGAAGGAUACUCUGCAGAAUUGUCUAGACAAGGCUGCUAAGGAGAUCCUACAGAUGGAUGUGCUGGAAUGCGCCAACUCUAGGGGAAACAACGAAAUUCUGGAAUGGGCAUCGAAGUACCCCAACCAAAUUGUUUUGCUGUGUCUGCAGAUAUUGUGGACCUCCAACAUUGAAGGGGAUAUGCAAGGUGGGGCGGUAAGCGGUGAUACUUCUUCCAGUGAGCAGAAUCCUGGGGGGAAUAUUUUCCAAAGGAGCGAAAAGAUAUGCGUCUCUCUUCUAGAAUUUUUAGCCGUUAGCGUAGUCAAGCAGAGGGAUCACAGGACCAGGCAAAAAAUUGUGCAAAUGAUAACAGAGUUGGUUCACCAGAGAGAUGUUAUACGUAUCCUCAUAGAAAAAAACGUUCGAAGCGUACAUAACUUUACCUGGCUGCAGUAUAUGAGAUUCUACUGGGAUCCUAACAAAACAAAGAGUGACGUAAAUUUGUUGAUAAAAAUGGCAGAUGCGACGUUCGAGUACGGGUAUGAAUACCUUGGCAUGUGCGAAAAGUUAGUUCAAACUAAAUUAACGGAUGCGUGCUUCUUAACCCUAACCCAGGCACUGAAGAUGAAAUUGGGAGGGAAUCCCUUUGGACCUGCUGGAACAGGGAAAACUGAAAGUGUAAAGGCACUGGGGGCUCAACUUGGAAGAUACGUUCUAGUUUUUAACUGUGAUGAGUCGUUUGACUUCACCGCUAUGGGUAGAAUCUUCGUUGGUUUGUGCCAAGUGGGCGCUUGGGGAUGCUUCGACGAGUUUAACAGACUAGAGGAGAGAAUCCUGUCUGCUGUCUCUGAACAAAUUUUAACGAUUCAAAUGAGUUUGGCUCAGAGAAAAAACGAAAUUGAAAUUUUGAACAAAAAAAUAGGGCUAAAUAAAAAUGUGGGCAUUUUUGUAACCAUGAACCCGGGGUACGCUGGAAGGUCAAACUUGCCUGACAAUCUGAAGCAGCUGUUUAGGAGCUUUGCCAUGAUCGAGCCGAAUAAGCAACUCAUAGUUGAAGUAACUCUAUUUUCUCAAGGCUUCAUCAGUGCAGAGCAUUUGUCAAGUAAAAUUGUGUCUCUGUUUGAAUUAUGUUCUGAGCAGUUGUCCAAGCAACCUCACUACGACUUCGGAUUGAGAUCACUUAAGAGUGUGUUGAAUUCUGCAGGUAAUUUGAAAAGGCAGGCUCUUUUGGAGGGUGCACAUGGUAGAGGGGAAGAAGGAACAAGUCGAGAUAACACCACGGGAAACAGUAAAGGGGGGAGCAGUGCCAAGAUGGAGAGUCCCACCGAAAGCGUAGUCGAAAUGGAGCAAAACUUACUUCUCAAAUCAGUGUGCGAUACGGUUUAUCCAAAACUAGUUUCGAGUGAUAUCCUUCUGAUAAGAAGCUUAUUAACGGGAGUAUUCCCCAACAUAAAUAUAGCCCCCUUUGAAGAAAAGGCACUAGUAAACGAAAUACAUCGCAUAUGCAAGUCAAGGUUUUAUACCCCUGAAGAAAAAUGGGUAACAAAAAUAUGCCAGAUAUAUCAGAUAAUGAAAUUGCAACACGGGGUUAUGUUAGUGGGGGAUGUUGGGACAGGAAAAAGUAGCGCAUGGAAAGUAUUGCUAGAUGCUUUGGAAGCGUUAGACAAUAUCAAAGGGGUGAGUUACAUUAUCGAUGCGAAAUCUUUAGACAAGGAAGAAAUUUAUGGGAAAUUAGACAACAUAAAUUUGGAGUGGACCGAUGGAGUUUUUACAGCUAUAUUGAGGAAAAUUCUUUACAAUUCAGCACAGUCUGGGAAUGCUACCAAGAGACACUGGAUCAUUUUUGACGGAGAUGUAGAUCCUGAAUGGGCUGAAAAUUUGAAUAGUGUCUUGGAUGACAAUAAAUUGUUGACUCUGCCAAAUGGAGAGCGUUUGCCAAUACCUGAAAGUGUGCGUAUUUUGUUUGAAGUCGAUACGUUGAAGCAUGCUACAUUGGCCACUGUCAGUAGGUGCGGUAUGAUAUGGUUUUCUAGGGAUAUUCUCUCUCCUACCCUGCUGUUUAAGCAUAAGUUGGAGAAGCUAAAAUAUGGUAAUCAUGAUUACCCGCGCAAAAUGGACCGAUUUAAGGCCUUUAUUAUGAACAACAAUGAGAGUAGCGCUAUUCGGAAUGACAGUGCAUAUAUGAAUGACUCCACGACGGUGCAGAGGACGUCAAAUGAUUCCCUGAGUAGUAGUCACGAAAACAUAAGGAUGGGUGACAAUUUAAUGGAUCAUAUGAAGAAAAAUUCGCACAUAUUUUUCGAUGAAAAUGAAGAUGAGUUGAAUGUAUGUCCUCUUAAAAGCAUCGCAUCUAGGUCGAUCAACCUGAUUAGCGACUACUUUGAAGAAAACGAAUUUGUGCACCAGUGCCUUUUGGGUGCUAACAAUUUCGAUCACGUCAUGGAUUAUGAAUAUAUAAGGGCUAUUGAAAGUACAUGCCUCCUGUUGCAAAAGGGGAUUGAUAAUUUAGUUGUAAAAAAUGAGAAAACAAAUAACGACUUAACGGAUGGCGAUAUAGAGAAGUAUAUCUCCAAAUGGCUAGUCAUGAGCAUAUUGUGGGGAAUAGGUGGUUCUUUAAAUCUUGAGUCUAGGGAAAAAUUUUCCAUAUAUGUUGAGUCCAUAUGUUCUAUUCCAUUGCCAGCCGAGUUGUCUAGAAGUAGGCAAAUGGACGACACUGAUUCGUCGGAUGCGCCAAGAACGCUGUUAGAUUACGAACCUAAUAUUGAAGACGGAGAAUGGCAUUGCUGGAAAGAGCGAGUCGAAAUGAUAGAUGUAGACAGAGGAGAAGUAUCCGAUGCUACUCUUGUGAUUGAAACAAUGGAUACGAUAAGGCACGCGACUGUUUUGGAAGGAUGGCUAAAUUUAAAAAAGCCAUUCAUUUUGUGUGGACCUCCAGGAUCCGGAAAGACAAUGACCUUAACAUCUGUACUGAAAAAAUCAUCCGAAUUUGAUAUCGCUGCGUUAAAUUUUUCUUCGGGCUCUUUACCAAAUUUAUUGCUUCAGACAUUUGACCACUAUUGUGAGUAUGUGAAGACGACUAGUGAAUUGGUGUUAAGACCGGUGCAGCCAGGAAAAUGGCUCAUCAUUUUCGCUGAUGAAAUAAAUUUGCCAACCCCAGACAAGUAUGACACUCAGAGGAUCAUCAUGUUCAUGAGACAGAUCUACGAAUCGCAAGGUUUCUGGAAAUAUGAUUCUAACAAUAAUCAAUGGAACUGGGUAAAAAUAGAGAGAAUAACCUUUGCCGGAGCGUGUAACCCUCCAACAGAUGCGGGAAGAAACCCGUUGAGUAAUCGAUUUCUUAGACACACGGCAGUUCUGUAUGUAGAUUUUCCAGGGUAUGAAUCUCUGAAGCAAAUAUAUGGUACCUUCAAUAGAGCCAUUUUGCGCAAAUUUGGGGAAGCGUCUCACAUGGCAGACAAUUUGACUCUGGCGAUGGUGAAUUUUUACACCAAAUUUUCUGAAACGUUUACAAUAGAUAUGCAGCCUCAUUAUAUUUACAGCCCAAGAGAACUGACGAGGUGGAAGCUGGCCUUAUACGAAACGCUGGAACAUUGCGACCACUUGGAAAAAAGAGACCUUGUUCGGUUGUGCAUCUGUGAGGGGCUAAGAAUAUUUCAAGAUAGACUUAUUUACAAGAAGGAGAAAAAACAAACGGAUAAAAUUAUCGAUGAUAUAUUCAAAUUUUGCUUCCCUGGCAUUGAGGAGGCCGAUUUGGAGAGGCCAAUUCUGUUCACUUCGUACGUGCAAAAUGAGUACAAAGAAAUUGACAAGAAAGACUUGAAGGAAUUGAUAAAGGCAAAGUUAAAAGUUUUUAAUGAAGAAGAGAUAAAUGUGCAGCUGGUCCUUUUUGACGAUGUGUUGGAUCAUAUUACACGAAUAGAUCGAGUUUUGCGAUUGCCUUUGGGACAUCUGCUACUCGUCGGGGCGUCCGGGGCAGGAAAAACCAUUUUGUCCCGCUUCGUUUCAUGGAUUAAUGGGUUGUCCGUGUUUCAAAUUAGAGCUGGACGAAAUUACAGCACUGAAUCGUUUGAGGCCGAUUUAAGAAGUGUGAUGAAACGAUCUGGUAUAAAGGAAGAAAAAAUAACAUUCAUAUUUGACGAGUCGAACGUUUUAGGGCCCGCCUUUCUAGAAAGAAUGAAUGCCUUGCUAGCUAGUGGAGAAGUGCCUGGCUUGUUCGAAGGCGAUAAUUACACCGCCUUAAUAAAUGAGUGUAAAGCUGCGUACGGGUCCAAUGUAGGUUUAGACGAGUCAGACAUAUUUAAGAAAUUCACAAAGCAGGUUCAGAAAAAUUUACACAUCGUUUUUACCAUGAACCCAGCGAACCCGGAUUUUGCAAACAGGCAAGCGACUUCCCCGGCUUUGUUCAACAGAUGUGUGAUAGACUGGUUUGGGGACUGGCCGUAUAGUGCCCUACUGCAAGUUGCGAGUGAAUUUAUUUACAACCUCGACCUGCCGGAUAAGAAUUUUCACAUGGACAAUGUAGAGGAAGUCCCGAUAAAAGGGAAGAUCCAAUAUAAGGAUAACAAAUCGUAUUAUCUAUCCAGAGCCAUAGUCGAAAUUCACAAUUCUGUUGUGAAGAUCAACGGAAUUCUUCUAAAGAAAGGUAGUAAAUAUAAUUACAUGACCCCGAGGGACUUUCUCGAUUUCAUUAAACACUUUUUGAAAAUUAUCGAGGAAAAGAAGGAAGAAGUUUCUGAUCAGAAGAAGCACCUAAAUUUAGGGUUAAACAAAUUAAAGGAUACAGAAGUGCAGGUGGCAGAGUUGAGGAAUUCGCUAGCUAUAAAAAAAAAGACCCUGGCGGAAAAGGAUACAGAAGCGGAGGAAAAAAUGAAACUGAUGAUAGAACAGCAAGCCGAAACGGAAGACAAAAAAAAGAAAGCGGAAAUUCUAGCCAAAAAGUUAGAUGAACAAUUUAUCAUAAUAGAACAGAGAAAAGAAAUUGUCAGAAAAGAAUUAAGUGAAGUAGAACCCAAAUUUAGAGAAGCAGAAGAAGCCGUUAAAAAUAUCCCUAAGAAAAAUUUUGAUGAAUUAAGGGCUAUGGCCAACCCUCCCAUUUUGGUAAGAAAUGCAGUGGAAGCUGUUGCCAUACUUAUCAUGAAUGAAGGAGAUAAAAGCGUCACAUGGGAAGAUGCUAGAAAAAUUAUGAAGGGUCAGGAUUUUAUAAAUAAAGUCCUUUACUUAGACAAAAAAAUGGUAAAGCCUCAAACUAGUGCACAAAUUAAGAAACGAUUAAGUCAUAGUGACUGGGACGUGGAUAGGAUAAAUAAAGCAUCUCGCGCGGCUGGGCCUUUGGCGAAAUGGGUCGAAUCGGUUAUUACGUUUUUAAAUAUAUUAGAAACGGUUCAGCCGUUGGAAAAUGAGAUUGAGAAGCUGCAGGAAGAAACAAGAAUUGCGGAGGAUCAGUACAAUGAGCAGAAGGACAUCAUUUCUGAGCUGGAAAAAAAAUUAGUGCAAUAUAAGAAUGACUAUGCCCAGCUAAUUAGCCAAGUGCAGAGCAUUAAGCAAGAAAUGGAAAUUGUGGAAAAUAAAAUAAAGAGAUCUAUUAACUUGAUUGAGAAUUUAAAAUCGGAGAAGGAAAGAUGGUCAGAGACAUUCAUCAAUUUGGAGGCAGCUUCCGAAACGUUUGUGGGGGAUUGUCUCAUAGCGGCAGCGUUCUGUGCAUACAUUGGUUUCUUUGAACAUUAUGAGAGACAAAAGUUGAAGAAAACCUGGGGGGAAAUAAUAAAAAUGCAUCAUAUAAAACAUAGACACGAUUUAUCUUUUAUAGAAUUUUUGUCUAAACCCUCGGAGAGGUUGCAGUGGAUAGCGAAUGAAUUGCCGAGUGAUGAGUUGUCCAUAGAAAAUGCCAUUAUUAUAAACAGCUACAUAAGGUACCCCAUGAUUAUAGACCCAUCAGAUCAGGCCAGCACCUUUUUGCUUAACCAAUAUAGGGAGAAAAAAAUCGUGAAAACUUCCUUUUCUGAUAAAAAUUUUAUAAAAAAUUUGGAGAGUGCACUACGAUUUGGGUCCACCUUGCUUGUAUAUGAUGUGGAAAAGGUGGAUGCAAUUCUGAACUCGGUGCUAAAUCAAGAAACGCACAAGCAAGGCGGACGUUUAUUAAUAACGAUUGGAGAUUCAGAAAUUGAUUACUCUCCCUCGUUCAAUUUGUUUUUGACGUCGAGAGAUGCACAUUUUCAGUUUACCCCAGAUCUGUGCAGUCGAGUGACGUUCGUGAAUUUUACCUUAACACCAUCUUCUCUGCAAAACCAGUGCUUAAAUAUGAUCUUAAAAAAUGAAAGACCCGAUAUUGAUAAGAAGAGGUGCGAUUUGCUAAAACUGCAAGGAGAAUACAAAGUGAAGAUAAGAGAGUUAGAAGAAUCGUUGCUUUUGGAACUGUCCAACGUGAAGGGGAACAUACUAGAUGAUGAUAAUGUGAUAAGUACAAUGGAAAAACUAAAGGUGCAAGCAGCUGAAGCGUCUAGGGAAGUAAGCAUAGCCGAAGAAGUGAUGGUAGAAAUUGAAAACGUGAGUAACCAGUACUUAUUCCUAGCGCAAGGUUCCGCAAGGAUAUAUUUCAUCCUACAACAUUUAGGAAGCAUCAAUUUUUUAUAUCAAUAUGAUUUAAACUUUUUUUAA